AAUCCUUAAUUACUUUGAAACCAGGCAUGUUGGUUGAUGUGUAUGGAAUUGUAAAAUUUCAUAAGUUGCCAUUUAAAACCAAGGGCACAGAUUACUUGCUGAUUGUGACAAUUGUUGAUGAAUCACUGAUUCAAGCUGAUGAAAAGUUAAAAUGUUUGCUAUUUGCACAUGAAGAAGAAAAUUUACCCCAAGUCAAAAUUGGUAGCAUCAUUAGAUUCCACAGAUUACAAGUUAAUCUCCAUAACGGGGAAUUGCAAGGAACGAGUGGAAAAGGCUUCUCCUGGUUGGUUAUUGAUAGUCGACGUGAUGGCUGCCUGAUUCCUAAAGCUUCCAGUCUCAAUUAUACAUUCACAAAUGUUGACAGAAAGAUGGUGAGAACAUUACCGUGCUACAGAUUAUUCUCAUGAGUUUUGCUAUUAAGA